AUGGCGCCUGCAAAUGGGCACCUGCUGCUCCCCAAGAUAUGGAGAGCAGCAAGGUUUGCCUAUGAGAAGGCCUCUAGGGCCAUCCGAGCCAAGUUGCCAGAACCCGCUCCCAACUCCUCUCUACAGUAUCAGCCAGUCUAUGCACGAAUCAACAGACAGCCCAUUAAUCGUGCCGCUGCUAUCCGCCAGGCACGCAGUCGUCACUUCUCGACUCGCGCAGCCGGUGCUUUUGCCUCGGCUGUUCGGGGUAUCCAAGCUGAUGUCGGCACCUACAAGGCUACCCGCGUCGCUUCCAACAUUGGCCGACUCACUGUGCGCGCUCCGUUCGCAUCGACACUCCGCCCCAACCUUACUGGUGGUACAUUGGGCCGCACAGCGGGAGGAUAUGCUAUUGGCGCCGGUCGUUUUGGCGGGGCUCGAUACUUCUCCCAUGGAGCCGCAGCCCCCGCCCAGGUCAUCCAGAAUGUGUCCCAGGGUGUCCGUGCGUUCUUCUUAUCCGGCCAGAAGAUUCGAUUCGAUGGAAUUGAUCCCCGCACCGGCGAGAAACGCUACAAGGCUGUCAGCGCUAUCCAGGACCAAGCUGGUCGAAACAUGAGUGCCAUUCCCCGCGCUGCUCCCGGCUCAUACAUCGACUUCCAGCUUUCCCCGACCAUCACUGCGUUUGGCGUUAUGGCCGCUCUCAACAAGAAAGCCGGUUUCGCCACUGAGACCCUGCAGUCAGAGGGUCUGAUGGAUGUCCUCUCUGGCGACUUUGCACGUGCCUUGAAGGAAUUCGCCAUUGUCUUGAAUGAUCUUAAACGUCUGUCAACUUUGGGCGAUAUGCCGAUCACUCUCCAUGAUCAAUCUACUAUUCGUGUUCGGUUCCCUGGCUGCGACGCCGAGACGGUCGAGAGCCUUUGUGACGAGAUCGGCGUGCAACGCGGCCGCAUCGUCCAGGACGACGACUUUGAUCUUCGCACCGGUGCCGAUCUGGCACUAUUGUUCCCAUUCGCACCCAGCAUGGCCCCAUCAUCCGAUACUGAAGACUUCUUUGAAAGGCCCUCUCAAUCAAUCCAGCCUUCUACUGACAAUCUCGACUGGCACGCCAUGCUCACACCUGAGGGCAGCCCAUUCACUUACAACUCGCGAGACUCUGGCAAUGCCGUCAGUUUCGACGACAGCGAGUUGUUUGGUGAGAACCCGUGGACCUCUAGAUCAGCAUACUCCAGUGUCAAUAUCAGUGAGCUCGGAGACCGUGCCUUUUUCCCAGAGAUAUCUAGUUCCUGUGCUAGUCUCUCCGACAGUGAAUCUGUGUGUGGUGACGCAGAGGGAAUCCACAGAUUUCUUGCCGAUUGUGACUUAGCACGGCGCCGAUAG